UCGAAGUUUCCUCCGAUUAAUUAGUCCCUAAAAUCUCUCUCUCUCUAUCUAGUUUUAGCUCUUGCAAGGCCAAAACGAUCUGGUGCUGCAUUUUGUUGGUGAAGAUAGUAAUUUAUUCGGAUAAUUUGAUGUUUCUAGAUUGUUUUGAUGAAAUUUUGAAGGUUACAUAAGAAGUUCUGAACUUAGUUCUGCACUGUAGAACCUGAAAAAAAAAGGGUAAGCACUGGAGAGGUACUUGGAUUCCAGCCACCAGGGGAUUGUGCCUCCAAUGGCGCCUUCUCGGGUGGCUGGAGGGAUGGCACAUUCUUCUUCAAGUUCUGGUAUCUUUUUCCAAGGAGAUGGACAGUCUCAAGUUGUCGGAAAUUCUCACUUGACUUCAUCUUUUGGGAAUUCAUCGAAUUCACUACCUGGAAAUCCACGGUCAAGUUUGGGUCCUCUAUCUGGGGAUGUUAGUAAUACAGUUCUGAAUAGCGUAGCAAGCUCAGGUCCUAGUGUUGGGGCAAGUUCAUUGGUUACGGAUGCCAAUUCAGGACUUUCAGGGGGUCCCAAUCUUCAGAGAAGUGCCAGCAUUAAUAAUGAAUCCUACAUGCGGUUGCCUGCAUCACCUUUGUCAUUUUCUUCUAAUAACAUAAGUGUGUCUGGUUCAUCAGUCAUGGAUGGAUCUUCCAUGGUUCAGCAAAGCUCUAACCAAGACCCAAACUCCCAACAACCUCAACAUAAUCAGCAGCGUCAGGGCGCUUCUAGUGCUACAUCUUUGCCCACAUCUAGAGUGGGUCAGGUUCAGCUGCCUAAUGGUCAAGGCCUUAGGGUUCCAGGAUCAUUCAUCCAGGAUCCUGUUGCUUUGUCGCAUAUGCAAAAGAAACCGCGGCUGGACAUCAAGCAGGAAGAUAUUCUACAGCAGCAAGUUCUGCAACAGUUGUUGCAAAGACAAGAUCCUUUGCACAUGCAGAACUCCAAUCCUCAGUUACAAGCCUUGAUUCAGCAGCAGAGGCUGAGGCAACAGCAGCAACAACAGCAUCAGUUGUUGCAGUAUCUGCCACCGAUGCAGAGAGCCCAGCUACUGCAGCAACAGCAGCAGCUGCAGCUAAGGCAACAACUUCAACAACAAAGCAUGCAGCCUGUAUCAGCCAUGAAGCGCCCAUCUGAUGGGGUCUUGUGCUCUAGACGGUUAAUGCAAUACUUGUAUCAUCAGAGGCAACGACCUCCUGAUAACUCUAUUGCCUAUUGGAGAAAGUUUGUGGCUGAGUAUUAUUCCCCGCGGGCAAAGAAGAGAUGGUGCUUGUCAUUAUACGAGAAUGUUGGGCAUCAUUCACUUGGCGUGUUUCCACAAUCAACCAUGGAUGCAUGGCAUUGUGAUAUUUGUGGCUCAAAAUCAGGCAGAGGAUUUGAGGCAACUUUCGAAGUUCUUCCCAGGCUGAACGAAAUCAAAUUUAGCAGUGGUGUCAUCGAUGAACUCUUGUUUUUGGAUUUUCCGCGUGAAUGCAGGUUCCCCUCAGGAUUAAUGAUGUUGGAAUAUGCGAAAGCAGUUCAGGAAAGUGUAUAUGAACAACUUCGCGUGGUUCGAGAGGGUCAACUUCGAAUCAUUUUUACCUCUGAUUUGAAGAUAUUGUCAUGGGAAUUUUGUGCUCGGCGCCAUGAAGAGCUUCUUCCUCGGAGAUUAGUUGCACCACAGGUGAAUCAAUUGCUGCAGNUUCUGAUCUCCAGUUUCUCUCCAUCUACUAAGUUGCGUGUAGGAAUCCACUUUGUACUGAGAGUAGUGUCUGUUACUGUGUUUAUUCAGCAGUCUCACUUAGGUAUCUCAUGUCACGUUGUUGAUACUUUUCUUAGGGUUGUCACAACUGGACGUCAACUUGCCAAGAGUUUGGAGUUGCAGUCCCUUAAUGAUUUGGGAUUUUCCAAGAGAUAUGUGAGAUGCCUACAGAUAGCUGAGGUCGUGAAUAGCAUGAAGGACUUGAUGGAUUUUUGCAGAGAUCAUAAAGCUGGUCCAAUUGAGGGCUUGAAAAAUUUCCCACGACAUGGUACUGCAGCCAAAUUUCAGGCACAAAAUGCACAGGAAACAGAGCAGCAGGUGGGUAUUCAGGGUCUGCCAACUGAUCGCAGUGCGUUGAACAAGCUUAUGUCAUUGCACCCUGGGUUUAAUAGCCAAAUGAGCAAUAACCAGCACAUGGGUGGUCGGGGAACUUUAAGUGGCUCUGCACAAGCUGCUCUUCAGCUCACAAACUUUCAAAAUUCGCUAAUGCGGCAAAAUUCAGUGAAUGCAAACUCAAUUACAACCCAACAAGAUGCUUCUCCUUCUUUCAAUUAUUCGAACCACUCUCAAUCUUCACUUUUGCAAGGGCCAAAUGGUAUAUUGCCAGGGACAAUGCAGAACUUACCUGUCAGUGGCUUGUCAAGUACCAAUCUGCAGCAACAACAGCAGCGAUUACUGAAUAGUGGCUUGCUCCCACAAAAUCAAUCUCAAUCGUCGCAUGGUAGCCAGGUCCUACAGCAACAAAUGAUCCAGCAGCUCCUCCAGGACAUGAAUACUAACUGCGGUGGGUGUGGAGUUCAACAGCAGUGCCUUGCUGGGCAGAGUGGAGGUGCUAGUGCUUCUAGGGAAGGGCUUGCAUUUGGAAACAAUAGUUCUGUGGCUGCUGCAACAGCUACACAUGGGCCUGGAAGCAGUGUUGGACCAACACCAAGUAGAAGCAACAGUUUUAAAUCGGCUUCUAACUGUGAACCCUCUGCAUCGGCUGGUAAUAGCGCUUUCAGUCAAAAAGCUCCUGAUUUGCCUCCAAGUCUGCAUUUAUCAGAUGAGAUGGUCCCAGAUAUGACACAUGGAUUCAGCGAAAAUGGUUUCUUUAGCAGUGAUCUUGACAACAAUAUGAAUUAUGGAUGGAAGGCUUGACUGACAUGUUUUGCUCCUUUUGGUUUUGAUGAGAAAAGGAUACUGCUAUAUAUCUUUGUACAGGUUGAUUGUGUUAGGUUUUUUGUUUUCUUCUGAUUCUUCCCUAUUUUGUAGUUUGAGGCUGUUGUGGUAUUAAGCACUUGCCCUCUCUAGGUAUUUAGGUCUACUUUCUUUACUUUCACACACUCGGGGUGUUUACACCUCGAAAACCAUCCACAAGUGUAAUCUAUAGAAAUGGACUGGAGAACAUUAUUAACUGCUAUUACUAUUCUGUUUCAGUUCGUUUGCCCUUCUGGCC